AUGUUCUUUGUGGGAAGUCUAUUCCGGUCCUCCUCAACCGCGGCAAGUCAAUCGAGCUUGGCCUCCUUGCAAGCCAACGGCAUCCCAGAGUUUGAGGUUGUGGAUGAUGAUGCCGGCGAUGACCCUGAAAGCUUCCGAAUGGAGCCUUCCGUCGAGAAUGCACGAUUUCACCUCGAGUUCCUUGGCCUUGACCGCGUCGUCCCAACACCGUGGGGCGAAGACCCAGCAGACGAGGAUACGCACUGCGCCAACAUGCGCCAACUCGGUGCCAAAUUUUACAAAAGCGAUUGGGACUACCAUCUAAAGACCACCAAACAUGAGGAGCCUCAGGACCCCCAUCAGAAAGCCAUGGAGCUUGGCAAGGAAAACCUCUUCGCGGCUGAAGAGGCUAACAAAUCCGCCGAGAAGUUAAUCGAGGUUUUGGGAUGGCCCACAACCGGAGGGGUCUGGGCUUUGAAGGUGUCCACCGACAAAGUCCACUCGUUUGGCGUCAGAAACGCCUUCACGAUGGACGAAAAGUGUCGGGCGAUGGAGAUGAUGGGAGGUGUCUUUUAUGCCCAUCCAAACGACUGCCCAGACUUGGACCUUGCACCGUCAUAA